AUGUCAAUUAAUGGCUAUGCUGCGGCUAUUGAUAUUGGUGAUUAUAACUCUGAUGGUAUUGAUGAUAUUACAGCAUCUAUAUUAGUAACAGGUUCAUAUUUAGAUAUUUAUACAAUAUAUGGUCAAACUUCGAUUGGUUCAAUUUCAAUAAUUAGUAAAUUAUUUCAACCAAAUCCAAUGUCAAACUCAAUUUAUAAAUUAUUUGAAAAUAAUAUUAAUUCAGAAGUUGGACAAUGCGCAAUUAGAAUUGUUACAUUAACAAUUGAAAAUCCAGCAAAUGAAGAUCAAUUUAUUAUUGAUCCUAGUUUCGAUAGUUCAAUAUAUUCAAUAACAUUUAAUAAUAAUACAAGAGUUAGAAUUGAAUUAAUAUUAUUUGGUGAUGAGAGUAAAUCAAUUGCAAAUGAUGUUUUACCAAAAAUAACAGUUUCAUUGUCACCUCAGCUAUUUAAUAGAACUAUAUUAAUGAAAUAUGGUAAUCAAGUACAAUCAAUUAAAUUCAUUGGUCAACCAAAUGCAAAUUGUGAUACAAAAUGUUUAAAUGGGGGUACUUGUAAUCCACUCACUGGUUGCCAAUGUAUAAAUGAUCAUUAUGGUGAUUAUUGUGAAUUAAAAGAUUGUACAGUUCCACAAUGUUUAAAUGGUGGUUCAUGUAAUACAACAGUUGGUGAAUGUUCGUGCGCUCAAGGUUAUGAAGGUACGGAUUGCAGUGGUAUUAGUUGUUCAGCUUCAUGUUUAAAUAGUGGUUCAUGUAAUACUACAGUUGGUGAAUGUUCAUGUCCUCAAGGUUAUGAAGGUGUAGAUUGCAGUGGUAUUAGUUGUUCAGUUUCAUGUUUAAAUGGUGGUUCAUGUAAUACAACAGUUGGUGAAUGUUCAUGCAUAAAUGGCUUUUAUGGUGAUGAUUGUGAUACAAAGGAUUGUACAGUUCCACAAUGUUUAAAUGGUGGUUCAUGUAAUACUACAGUUGGUGAAUGUUCAUGCACUCAAGGUUAUGAAGGUAUAGAUUGUAGUGGUAUUGGUUGUUCAGUUUCAUGUUUAAAUGGUGGUUCAUGUAAUACAACAGUUGGUCAAUGUCAAUGUAUUAAUGACUUUUAUGGUGAUAAUUGUGGUACAAAGGAUUGUACAGUUCCACAAUGUUUAAAUGGUGGUUCAUGUAAUACAACAGUUGGUGAAUGUUCAUGCACUCAAGGUUAUGAAGGUAUAGAUUGUAGUGGUGUUAGUUGUUCAGUUUCAUGUUUUAAUGGUGGUUUAUGUAAUACUACAGUUGGUCAAUGCCAAUGUGUUGAAGAUUAUGAUGGCGAUGAUUGUGGUUCUGAAAAUAAAAAGAAAACAAAUAUUGGUGUUAUCAUUGGUCCAAUUCUAGGUGGUCUUGCACUAAUUGCAAUUAUUGUUGUUGCCAUUGUUUUAAUUAAAAAGAAGAAGAAUGGAAAUUCAAAAAAAAAUACAAAUAACAUUGAAUUAAGACCUCAAGGUUCCACUGUUGAUAUUCAAAUGGGUGGCAGAAUUAAAAAUCUUGAUAAAUUUUAA